AUGUACUUUUUCCCGAUCCCUCCGCCAAGUGACUGUUUGCGUCCUCUUGGUGAAAUCAUGCGUCAAAUCCUCUGGAUGUUGAUAGUGAUAUGCUGCUUUAACACGGCUCGUCCUUUCUGCCCGGCGCAGUGCACUUGUGUUUUCCAUGGACGUAGCGAUGGAACUGGAACCAGGACUGUGCUCUGCAAUGACCCCGAUAUGUCCGACAUCCCCGUAAACGUCCCAGUGGACACCGUCAAACUCCGGGUGGAGAAGACUGCUGUCCGCCGAGUGCCGACGGAAGCAUUUUACUACCUGACGGAGCUCCGUUACCUAUGGAUCACAUACAAUUCUAUCACUUCAGUGGACACGGGCAGUUUCUACAACCUCAAACUCCUCCACGAGCUGAGACUGGAUGGCAAUAUGAUCUCUAUGUUCCCCUGGGAGUCCCUCAAGGAGACGCCCUUGUUGAGGACCUUGGACCUGCACAACAACAGGCUCACCAGCCUUCCUGCUGAGGCCAUUCCCUACCUGGUGAAGAUUACAUACUUGGAUCUAUCCAGCAACAAAUUAGCUACCCUGCCCUCGGACCUCAUGGAUAUCUGGCCACCGUUUAACGGUGAACUCGUCACAGCGAACACCUCCCAAAAGGUGGUGCUGGGCCUCCAAGACAACCCCUGGAUCUGUGACUGCAAGCUCUCCAAGUUGAUCGAGAUAUCCAAAAUGGCAGUCACGCCCGUGGUUCUCAUGGACCUGUUCCUGACCUGCAGUGCACCCGAGAACCUAUCUGGCGUCCUCUUUCAGCGCGCCGAACUUGACAAUUGUGUCAAGCCCUCCGUCAUGACGUCUGCGACCAAGAUUACGUCUCCGCUUGGUAGUAAUGUUCUCCUGCGGUGUGAUGCAACAGGGUUCCCGACACCAAGCCUCAAUUGGGCUCGGUCUGAUGGAUCACUAGUCAACAAUGCAGUACAAGAGUCACCAGGGGACGGCAUCCAAUGGUCCAUCAUGAGCGUGCAUGGGAUCCUACACAAGGACGCCGGGGACUACAUUUGCAAAGCCAAGAAUGACGCGGGUGCAGCAGAAGCCACCAUUUCCCUUUCAGUCGCUGGCACCAUGAGCACCACCAUCUCUACGCCGAUGCCUAGCGCCGGGACAGGAUCGACAAGUCCAGACUGGACGUAUAAUCCGGAAAGAGAUUUGACAGUCUCGACCUCGGCCGUGCCCAUGGUCCAGACAACCGCAGUUGCGGUCUUAACCAAGUCAAAAACGACUUCUGGUGUUCAAAGGGGUUCGCUUAAACCUGCGAAGAUCCAACAAGGUGGUGGCAGACGGAAGUUUGUGUCAGAUGAAAAUAGUAAGAAAAGCGAUGCGUUAAACUUAGUCAAAGACUUGGAGAUUGUAGAGGAAACAUCUGACAGUGCGGUUUUAGUCUGGACGGCAGAGGGGCUACCCAAGAACUCUCCCCUCACUGUCGUUUACACACCGUACGGGGAAGAUGGCGAGGAUGACUACAAAAGAACAGUUGAGACUACUGCAGGCAGUGGCAAAAUUCUGCUGGAGGAGCUCUCACCUGGUAUGAGAUACUCGGUUUGCCUCGUGGCCAAGGGUAGUGCUGCCGCAAAAGACCCUUGCAUUGACUUCUACACGCUGGACAAUGAGGAGGAGGGAGGACAGAACCAAUUUUUUAUCAUCAUCAGUGGCAUUGCCUGCGCCUUGGCAAUGCCGCUCAUCGGCCUACUGCUCUACAAGAUCCUCGCCCUCUACUGCAAGGUGAGCGAGGCUACUCCGGAUGAAGAGGAACUGGAGAAGGAGAGCUAUGUCAAGUUCGAGACCAUCAACAUGAAGCAAAGGACCAUGAAGCCUCACCCGACAGAGCUAUGGGCAAGGAGGCCCACCCACGAGUCGGAACGACUGUUGCUGUGCUCUCGCUCGAGUAUUGACUCCCAGAUGACCUUCAAGAGUGACAGUUCCCGGUCUGAAUAUCUCUGCUGA